AUGAAGGACCGGAGCAGCUUGCUAAUGAAAAUUGUAUGAUUGGCACCAUAUCUGGUAGGCCAUGGGGGAGAGAGAGAGAGAGAGAUGAAAGCAUUAGCCCGUGAUUGAGUGAGUGAGGCAACAAGUUAACUUGCUUGAAAUUAAAUCCCCCACACUUGGGUGUCCUUCACUACAUGACAAUUUCCAACUCCCACAUACAGACAACACCCUGGCCGGCUGCUUCACAUGCCUUCCUCUAUUCCUCAACCACGGCGACUCUCUUUUCUAGCCACCCAUGAAUACCUUCUGCUUCUGCUUCUGCUUCUUGUCCUCACCAAAAUUAAACACAGCCUUCUCUUUCUCCCACACACUUUGACUUUAGGCCUACACUUGUUUUCUUGGGAGUAGAGUCGUCUAUGCCACCACGAUCAUCAUCACCAGUGACCAGUCUCUUUUUCGGAUGAACAAGGGAUAACAUAACAUCCUCACCAAAAAUUAAACCUCCAUGACAUGUCUAAUUCAAACCCACAAGAUAUUGGUUCGUUUCCCAACACACACUACUACAGUACUACUAGUCAGGUCACUUUCCCCCUUUUCCCCUGCUACUACCCUCUGAUUUCCCCCUUAAUUAUUCCACGCUUCAAUUCCUUUUGUUUUCUUUCACUCUACAAUGCAAUAUACACUCACUACCUUCUCUAACUCUUCAAUGACGCAAUUCACCACAAAAAUACCACCACCUUUGCAUCCCUACAACUUUUCAUUUUCAAACCCUAAUAAUAAUAAUAUUAUGAACAAGAACCAACAAAUUCCUAGGACUAGGCCCUGGCCUGCUUUCCCUACACCUAAGUCACUACCUACUUCCACCACCUUCGGUGACGCCACUUGCAUGGAACAGUUACUUGUUCACUGCGCCAACGCUAUUGAAACCAACGACGUAACCCUCGCUCAGCAGAUUCUCUGGGUUCUAAACAACAUAGCUCCACCUGACGGCGAUUCCAAUCAGCGACUCGCCGGAAGCUUCCUCAGAGCCCUAACCGCACGCGCCGCCAAUACUGGAAGCUGCAAGAUGCUCGCCGCUGUAGCUGACGCCGCUGCUAACCGUAGUAGCCUCGCCAUCGAAACGCACAGAUUCUCUGUCAUCGAGCUGGCAAACUUCGUUGACCUCACUCCAUGGCACAGGUUCGGGUUCACCGCUGCCAACGCCGCCAUUUUAGAAGCCACGGAAGGGUUCUCGGUGAUCCACAUCGUGGAUUUGAGCUUGACGCACUGCAUGCAGAUCCCGACGCUGAUCGACGCCAUCGCUGGCCGCCACGAGGUGCCUCCUGUAAUCAAGCUCACGGUUCCCGGUGCCGCCUUCAGAGAAGGUAACAUCAAUAUCCCUCCAUUACUCGAUCUUUCUUACGAGGAAUUAGGCGCGAAGUUGGUCAACUUCGCUAGGUCGAAGAACGUGGUCAUGGAAUUCAGCGUUGUUUCUUCGAGUUAUGCCGAUGGAUUCGCCUCUUUGAUCGAACACCUGAGAGUGCAACAUAUAGUUUCCGUUGCAGAAGGUCAUCGUCCAAACGAAGCUUUGGUUAUUAACUGUCACAUGAUGCUUCAUUACAUUCCCGAUGAAACUGCACUAGUUCAUCAUCAUCAUGAAACAGAUUCGAAUUUAAACCCUUUUAUUGUUCAUGAUUACUCUUUUUCUUCGUCAUCUCCUUCAUCUUCAUCGUCGUCAUUGCGGUCAAUGUUUCUUAAGGCGGUUCGGAGUUUGGAACCUACAAUUAUGGUUUUGGUAGAUGAGGACGUGGAUUUGAUAUCAAAUAACUUGGUGUGUAGGCUAAGGUCUGCGUUCAAUUAUCUGUGGAUACCGUACGACACGGUGGACACGUUCCUUCCUCGAGGCAGCAAGCAAAGGCAGUGGUAUGAAGCUGACAUAUGUUGGAAGAUUGAGAACGUGAUAGCGCAUGAAGGGGCUGAGAGGGUGGAGAGGGUUGAGCCCAAGAGCAAGUGGGAGCAAAGGAUGAGGAAUGCGAGCUUCCAUGGGAUUGGAUUCAGUGAGGAAUCGAUUUCUGAGGUGAAGGGGAUGCUGGAUGAACAUGCUGCUGGUUGGGGUGUUAAGAAGGAAGAUGACAAUCUUCUUCUCACUUGGAAAGGCCAUAAUGUUAUCUUUGCUUCAGCUUGGUUACCUGCUUAGUAUCUGUAAUCUUAUCAGUAAUAAAGCUUCAAUCUUCAAUCAUGAAUGUUUCUUAAUCAUGUACUACUAGUUUUUUUUUUCUAUAGAUUCUUCUUCCUUCUACAUUGUAUUUCUCGG